CCUACCACCCCUCUACCCCAUUUUUAUAGCCCACUCUUCUCUUUACUCCGUCAUAAGAUCUCCUGUGAAACAGCAGGGAACGAUGGAGACAUCUCAACUGCUCCUUCUGCUCUGUGUGUGGGCGCUCAGCAGCCUGUCCCGGCAAUCAGAGGUGGUUGAACAGUGCCCAGAUAGGAUUCUGGGUAAUGAAAGGACACGAACAUGCCCUAAAAAGUGCAAGCAAGAUGAUGAUUGUGGCAACAAGCGCCAGUGUUUAUGCGAUGGACCAUGCGGACUCAGCUGUGUGGUUCCAGCUCGGACAUGUCCGUGGCCUCUUCCUGCCGGUGAACACUUCGAUGUGGCUCUCAUCUCUUCAUUUCCUUCUUUCUCUGCUCUUCUGGAAGUGCGUUGUCAUCCUGGGUACACCAUGGCCAAUGGCCUGAAUGCUGUUAUCCGCCGGUGCCAAGGUGACCGACAAUGGAGUGGUGAUGAUCCUGAGUGUACUGAUAGAGAUGCUGAAUCUAAACCGUCUUGCCCUUUGCCUGAUCAUGAGUUGCUGUUGAUUUAUGGUAGUGCUGCUGUAGACUCCUCUCUACAGUACCAAUGUUCUCCUGGAUCUUUGCUGGUUGGAAACAGUGAAAAUUUUUGUAACAAGAACCAGACGUGGCGUUACCCGCACCCCAUCUGUCAACGUGUGUUUUGUCCAAAGCCACAGGAAAUCAAUCAAGGCUACUUGGUGGCUGUGCAAAAAUCAGAAUAUAAUGUGGGCGACUCUGUUUACUACCUUUGCAAAAAGUCCUUCCUCUUGGAUGGGCCAAACCAAGUAACUUGUCAGUUAGACGGCACAUGGAGCACGAUACCUUUCUGCAGAGCUCACUGUCCAAUCCCUGCACAGCGCAGCAGAGUGAUUGUGGGUGGGGUUAAGAGCUGGCCCUUUGACUUGACCAAUGGGAUGGUUACUCACGGCGAGAACGUAACAUUCUUCUGCAAGCAUCCGCAAAAAUCUUGCAGUUUCACAGCCACAGAGACCUGCUUUGAUGGACUGCUCCCUGCUCCCAGCUGCUACCUCGAUCCCACCUGGUUGCAGUAUAAACUCUUCCCUCACCGUCUGGUAUCAGAGAUUGCUCCAUGUGGACCUCCUGACCUGGACUCCACCUCCAAGUAAUGUUCUUGUCCUGGCCCCAUAUUCAAAGACGCUACUUCAACACACAGGACUUAAAAUUCAUGCUAUCUCUUACACCUAAAAUGUAGAUAAGUUUUUAUGCAGAGAAAUUGAAUAAUCCAAAGCCUGCGCUUCAUACAGAGCGAAGGUUAGGAAAGUACUCAGAAUGUUGUUUUAAGGUCCAUUGAAUACAUAUCAUAGUUCAUCCACAGUGAGCUAAACAGAACAAAAUUGACAGAUUAAAGAAAAAAAAUGAUACUUACUUUUUACUCUGGACUGCUUGGAUAAGGUUAUCUUAAACUGAAUGUAAGUAUGUUGUAUAUUAGCUUCUGUAUAAUUGUUUUGUAAAUGUAUUAUAAUUAAUAACAGAUAUGUCAAAACGUACUUUUUGAAAAUCUUUUAUAUCUCUGUUUUUACAACACAAAGUUGAUCACAACAGUUUAUUUCAUGACCAAUAUUCAUGGACAUAUCGUAACACUUCAAUAAAUUAAAAUGACCAAUCCUGUGAGCACUGCUUCCCUUCUAACAGAAAUCUAGUGUCAUUUGCUUUGUAAUAAUUAAGGUUUACUUCUUGCUUAGAUGUUUUUCAUUGAAACUUUUCAUUACAGACAGAAGGAUCCAUAUUGUGGUGUUCAAACUACCAAGAGGCUCAAACAAUCAUAAACCAAAAAUAAGCUAUUUAUAUCUACUGUGACAGUAAAUAUUAUACAAGGAAGUGUUACUAUACUUCAAUAUAGAGAGAAUUCAGUGUCUGACAGAAUGUAUACAUGUUUUUGUUUUUAAUCUGCAUGCUUUCUUCCCUUCUUACAGGCUAAAACCUUCCAUAGAAAUCAUGUAUACAUGAAAUGAAAUGGGGCACAUUGUAAUCAUUACUUAUGUAUGUGCUGAUUCGGGAUUUAUGGAGAUAUUCCUGAUCACAUGGUGCUUCUGAUAUUUGUCUGACCUUCAAAAAUGUAAACAUUUUUGGCUGUAUAUGAUCGUACUUAACAAGUAUACGAUAUAUGUAAGGAUUGUGAAGCCUGUGUACAAUAAAUUAUAUUUAUGUCCAAAGAAUAAAA